UGUUGUUAAUCCAUGUAACAUCCGAGGCAGGGCCUUUGCACCAAACUCCCUACUGGUAUGAACCUGCCCAGAUUUACACAGACAUAGCCCAUUUACACACACACGCACACACUCCACCAGACUGGAUAGUACUUAGUACUUAUAGUACAUUCAAAUGAAACAUAAUAUGGAUUUCUGAAUAUUCAGCAUAAUUUUUAGAGGAGCCAUGGCGGAAAUUAUGUUUUUGAAUGUAGUAGUAACCUGCCAGUAAAUAGCAAUAAAGCUCCCUGCUAAUUCAAAACGAUCCGUGGAGCUGGCAAAACAAUUUCUCCCGAUGCGCUAGCUUUUUACAGUACUUGCCCAGGAUGAUUUUUUUUUUACUCCUAGCUCUGAAGAAAAAGGCGUUGGUAACUUAAAAAGCUUCUCCUGGGCGGCACCUAAAAUAAGUGUUUUUCAGCGUAGAAGAAGCCCCUCUCCCAUCUUGCCAGGAGAGGGCUCCGCUUACUGUUUCCUAGGAAGUAUCAGGGCUUUUCCAUUUCGCUCCGCUGAGCCAGGAGGAUGAACUUCCUGUAGUAAAUAGAUUUGCCGCCAUCGUGAAAGCUAUGAGAUAGAUAGGACCGAGAUAAGUGGCCCGGCGGACAUCGAAUCAACGCUUCGUCACUCGACCAGAGUGAAGACUAGCAUCAAUUCCGAGAUAACUCCGAAUAAACUGGCAGCGGGUCAGGUCCGCAACAGAGGUGAUGGGAUGGCAACCAAGACUGAGAAGCAGACAUCCAUAAAAGAAGAACCAGAGCAUGUAGAAAUGCAGGUGAUGUUUAGAGGAGGAUCUAAAGAGAGUAGCUCUCAAAGAUAUAAACAGGAAAGGGGGACUGUAAGUCACUACAAUGUGCUGCCAGAGAGAAGAGAAAAAGCUGCUUCUGAUAAAACACAAAGCAAAGCUGGUCAGUGCAAGGAGGGGAAUUUAAAACGCCUUGACCAAAUAGUGAUCCAGCAACUCAUCCACAUCGGAGAAAGUAAAAUUACCCCUAAAAAACAGGAAAAUAGCUUCUGUCAGAAUGUAGGCAUCAAUAGACCUCAAAUUCUCCAUUUAGGAGAGAAGCCGUAUCUCUGCAUCAUUUGUGAAAAAACUUUCCGCAACCACUCAGGGCUUAUGGUCCAUCAGAGAAUCCACACAGGAGAGAAGCCGUACAAGUGCCCUGAUUGUGACAAGAGCUUCAACCAGCGAUCCCAUCUCACUUCUCACCAUGGGACCCACACAGGUGAGAAGCCAUUUAAAUGCUUUGACUGUGGGAAGAGCUUCAGUUACAACUCUGGGCUCAUCAUACACCAACGAAUUCACACUGGGGAGAAACCAUAUAAGUGCUCCAACUGUGAGAAAAGCUUCAGCCAAAAAUCUCAUCUCCUUUCGCAUCAGAGGACCCAUAUGGGUGAGAAAUCUUUCAAAUGCCCCGACUGUGGGAAAAGCUUCAGUUACAACUCUGGUCUAGUAAUACAUCAACGGAUCCACACUGGGGAGAAACCAUAUAAAUGUUCUGACUGCGGAAAAAGCUUCAAUCAGAGAUCGCACCUUAUUUCUCAUCAAGGCAUUCACACAGGGCAGAAACCAUACACAUGCCAGGAUUGUGGCAAAAGUUUUAGCUUCAAUUCUGGGCUUGUUAUUCAUCAGCGGCUUCAUACUGGAGAGAAACCGUAUAAGUGUCCCAACUGUGGGAAGAAUUUCAAUCAGAAAUCGCACCUUAUUUCUCACCAGAGAAUCCAUAUUGGGCAGAAAACUUAAAUUCUAAAGACAAUUCUGUAUAGGUUAUUAAUAUUAGCAUUGUCUUUGCUCUCUAAAUGGUAGCUUUGGAAGAACUGUGUGUCGUCAUCUGUGGGCCCAGAAGCAGUGGACUUAUUUUAGGAUUUUGAAAUUCUCUUUGUACUUAUAUGUUCAAUAUUUCAAAAUGUGUAGCAACAAAGAAAAGUGACAGCCAAGAGCAGUGGAUAUAGAACAAGAGGACUGAGGUCAGGGGUUAAUAAGGCUACAAGAAGUAUAAAAAUGCCAGAAAGCUAAGACUUAAUGUAUUUUAAUAUUCGUUUUUCAAUUUUAUGAGAAAAUAACAUUGUAGUUUGAAAUGUAAAACAUUUAUUAGUAACUAGAGGAAAAUGCUUUAAAAUGAUCAUUAAUGUGUUAAUAUAGAUUCUUAGCCUGUGCAAAACAUAUAUAAAUAGAUAUAUUGCACUCUUUCCAAAGUUUCAUCAAGGCAUAGAGAGAAAGAGGGUAGUUGGACUGGACCCCCACUGCUGAACACAUCCUUGAUGCUGUGUUCCUUUUUGGCUUGGGAGUUUGCUAUGCUUAGAUUUGAAAGGGAAACCUUAUAUUUCUACAAACAAAAAAAAGUCACAUCACAUGGAAUGCUGGAAUAAAGAUGUGAUACAUAGAUAGUAGCCACACAGACCGAUCUUUGUUCCUCUACAAAUCCUAGACUAUAUUGUAUGGAGGCAACUUUGGAAUUUCAAAGUGUAGUAAAUCAAGAAUUCAUCCUUGUUAAUCUCUAGAUUUUCUCUAAUGCUUUUUAUAGGAGGUUGCCUGUGCAGACUUUAGUAUUUAAAGAAUGCAUCAAGGUUACAAAUGCAAGUUAAAGUAUGGUUUGUUUAAAUUAAUGCAUAACUUCAGUUUUCUUCAAUUUAAUUGAUUAGACGUGCUUCUGAGCAUCAUCCAAAGUGCUGCUUAUUCGGCUAUAUUAUUCAAGAUUGCCACAUGAGGCUGUCCCCUGCAGUGAUCCUCAGGAACCCUGUUAUUUGCCCUUGUGUGACACCAGUAUGUGGAAUUCUCUGCGCCAAGUGAUCUGUUGACCCUUUAUUUGGUCAACAUUGGUAUUUUUAAAGAAACAUUUUGUUCUACCUCUCUUUCCAUACCUUUUGUGAUUUUAUUUUAAUUUUUGAAUAUUCGAUCUAGGUUCCAGAUUGUUUGUAGAUCGUUGUUGUUAUUUUUGUUGUUAUUACUACAUUGGAUCCAGACUUAGUCGCACUUAAAAAAAAAAACCCACUGAAAUCAGAGAGGGUUAAGGUAUCUGUAACUAACCUGUACCAUUGAUUUGAAUGUGCUUAUGUGUAACCAUGAAAGGUAAAUGACUUUCUUCACUGUUGUUGAGCUCCAGUUUUCAACAGCACUUGGCAUUAUGGUCACCAGUGAGAGAUGGUAGAAAUUGCAGCAUAACAACAUCUGGAAGGCCAUUGGUUACCCAGUCUUGGACUACUAUAGUAUUGGAUGCCGUCUGCUGCCCUGAGACCAAGGGGCUGAAAAUAUUAAAUGUAAAUAUUAAGUCAAUUGUAAAUAUUAAGUCAGUCAGUAUUACAUUUUUAAGCAUUGAUCAUUACGGCUUAAUCGCAGCCACUCUUCUGUACAUAUAACAUUACUGAUUAGAAUGGUGUAUUCGGUAGUUUUUAAAGUAUUGAAAAAUGUUUCCUUGCAAUAAGUGGGGAGUGUACAAUGCUAAAAUGCAUUUUUAAAAAGAUAUUCUGAUACUGGUUGUUUGCUUAGAUUUUUACUUUUUACCAUUUUCUCUCCCUCCGGUUAGGCUAAGACCAAGGUUGACAGAACAAUUUGGCUACAGUUCAAUUCUUAAUUUGCUUACACCCAAUAGACAAAAUCUUGCCAGACCAAACCCUUACUACUCUUACCUUAACAGAUAUAACUUCAGAGAUCCUAAGCAGUGGCUAUUCUUACUCUCUUCUUCUGUCUCCUAUCCAGCUCUGGACUGGGCUGCCUCUUGUCUCGUUCUUUCCUAAUGUGUUCCUGGGUAACUAUAACUGCACUGUAGUCCAUCACACAAACUUCGCCUUUUGAGGGCACUCUCUCUCUCACCUCCUCAAAAUCAAAUGUAGCCAUUACGACCCUAAGAGAAUUUAUUUGCUUGAAUUAGCUUUUUAACAACACAAGUAAAAGAGUUUAAAAACAAAAAAACCCUGGAACCAUGCACUUUUCACUUUUUUCACUUUUCACGUACCAGAUGGUAGAAACUUUGACAAUAGUGCAUCUUCAGAACAGUUUUUCCUGCUAAUCUGAGUAGUCAAGUUCAUAGCAAGAGAGGUGAUCCCAUAGACCAGGGGUGUCAAACUCAAGGCCUGGGGGCCGGAUCUGGCCCGUGGGGUGCUUAGAUCUGGCCCGCGGGGCCACCCUGGAAACAGCGAAGGACUGGCCCAUGAUGCCUCUUUCAGCGAAAAUGGAGCUCAGGAGCCCAUUUUCUCUGGCAGAGCGCUUGGGCCAACACAGGCACCCCGACAUGAGUGACGUCGAGCUGGUCACGCCCAUCCCAGCCCCCUGAGGUCAAACACAACCCUGAUGUGGCCCUCAAUGAAAUCAAGUUUGACACCUGGCCAUAGAUUGUCAAGUUCUAAACUGUGUAGCGUUUUAUGAGUCAUUAUUGCCCUGGAAUUAUUCCUUUUGUUUAAACACAAUUUUUAUAAAAAAUUUUAUACAAGAAUGCUUGAAUUAUUCCCAGAAAACGCCAGCGAUUAUUGAUCUUUAUUACAGGAAUCAUAUGAAUUCUAUACACUAUGGCGGUCAGCAGCCUAGCUGCCCUGCUUGGUAGUAUUUGCAAUUUCUAGACCCUUUUCAAGAAUAGCCUCACACGCAACACAGUUAAGGCAGAUGGUCAAUUUUGCCACAGUCCAGCUGGCUCAGGAAGGGUCGCAUUUGAUGUAGUGGCUUGUAACUGUGCAAACAUUCUUCUUGCCAAAUUUGCUGUCUGCAAGUCCUGUGACAGAUGGAGAUCGAGGGAUACUUCCAGACCCCAACCUGCUCCUUCUGGGGGCUGCAACCUUGUGCAGAGGAAGCUUCUCUCUAUCCCAGAAGUCCUACUUUUUCCAUACCAACAGCAGCUCCGAUUUGUCUGGAUUUAAUUUCAACUUGUUUACUCAUCCAGCCUACUAUCAGGAUUUAAGCAACAUUUAGGGCUACUGAUUCUUUCCUUGAAAAUUGGGUUCAGUAGAGCAGGAUUUCCUAUGGGUAAGACUCUGGAUGAAUUCCCCCCCAAUAAUGUCAUGUAGAGAUCUUAGUAAUAAGUCAUUGUUUGACAUUGAAAUCUAUUUGCAAUCUAUUUGAGUGUGUGGGUGUGUAGCUGAGAACAAGAAGUGUAUUGUUGCCCACUGAGUGCUAAUCCAUCUCAGCCUUUCCUUACUCAGUGUCAGUUAAAUGGCUGGUGGAAUAUGGAAGUUAAAAUUGAGCAUAUUUGGAGCAUACCAGGAGACAGCAACCUAGUAAAUAUUUCCUGAUAUAACAUUUUAGGAGUCAUACUAAUUGUCCUAUAAAAAAAAUUAAAGGAAUGCCAAUAGAAAUAAAAAUCUGGAGAGAGAAUGUGGUUACUUUUUAGCGUUUUUUUAAAAAUUCUUCAGUGCAUGCUAUCAACUUUAGGAGUCAACCAUGUGUAGCAAUGAGGCAAGAAUUCAAAAUGUUUUGACAUUUAUAGAUAGUCCUUAAUUUACAACAAUUGAAACUGGAACUUUUUGUCAUAAAUUGGAUGGUUGUAAAUCAAGUCAUGACAUGACCGGGCCUAAUUUUAUGACCAUUUUUACCACGGUCGUUAAGCAAAUCCAACUUUCCCAGUUGAUUUUUUUUUUGUCAGAAAUCAGCUGGGAAGGUCACAAAUUGGGAUCCCAUGACUGCAGAAUGCUGCAACUGGUCAUAAAUGUGGGGUUACUGUAAAAUCACUUCUGCCCCCCACCCCCCAAGGCUGUCUUAACUUGAAACCAUCUUUAAAUGAAUGGUUGUAAGUACAACCAUGUACCUUAGCAAGAUACUAAAAUAUUAGUGACCACAUUAUUCUGCCCAUAAAGUGUAAACUCUUGGAAAAUUAAUACUAAUUUUAAAUGGUCUUUUCACUGUGUCUUGUCAAAUGCAAUGUCUUGAAUAUCUUGCUCAAUAAAAAUAUAAUUUCUUUUUA